AUGGUUGAUCUCCAGAAGGUACCCGUCACAAUCCUCUCUGGACAACUCGGGAGCGGUAAAUCGACGCUUCUGCGGCGACUGUUGACCAACCAAAACCAAUUGAAGAUUGCGAUCGUGAUGAACGAGUUUGCUCAAACGGCUAGCAUUGAAGGGAAAUCGAUUCAGUUGACCGUGGCUAAUGAGGGUACUCAGGUUCAAGAAUGGCUAGAACUAGAUAACGGCUGCCUAUGUUGCAGCGCCCAAGAUCAAGGAGUUCUUGCUAUAGAGUCUCUCAUGCAACGUCGAGGCACAUUUGAUCACAUUAUCGUCGAAACUACAGGUAUCGCCGAUCCAUCUCAGAUAGCUUUACUAUUUUGGAUUGAUUCAGCGCUUGAGUCUCUCUUGUACCUCGAUGGGAUCGUUACGGUAGUAGACUGUGUACACUUAGAAAAGCAAUUAGCAGAAGAGGCCACCGCCAAUAGCGGGACUGUGACAAAUCAAAUAGCAGUCGCGGAUUCGUUGUACUUGUCAAAGAUUGAUUUGGUAUCGGAAUCAAAACUCGAGCCGUUAAAAAAUUUAAUCCAGUGCAUGAACGACUCGGCACUGCUGAGUCAAUCAAAUGAUGACUUGCAGACGAUUUUGCCCAAAGUGCUCAGUUUGGAUUCAUUUUCAACCUAUCGAGGAUUGCCUCAGUCACUUACAACAACAAAGAAGAAAAUUGAAAACGUGGAAUCGAGCCUAAUGACAAGGUUGACACGCCAAGUAGGCAACUUAACAGACCCGGACUUUCGCACGACUCACGAUAAUUUCUCGACGAUUACCAUCAAUCUACCUGCUUUCGCAGACGUCAACACCAGCGAUAGCAAGUUUGACCGGACUUUUCGGAAACUACUUUGGGAAGGAAUUCUAGGCGAAGAAGAAGAGGGAUCUUCUAGCAAGCCAGACUCAGACAUUCAGGAGCCAAGAAUCCUUCGAGCAAAGGGUUUACUGAAGGAUCAUAAUGGGAAUUGGUUCAUUUUGCAAGCCGUCAGAGAAACCUAUGAGGUCCAACCCGUUCAUCCUGAUGUUUUGAUGGAUGAACAUGAACAGCCCAAAUUGGUUUUGAUUGGCAAAGGUCUUGAUGCUCAGUUGGAACAACGCUUCAUCAAAGAAAUCUCAUAAUCUCAUUUUGCGCAAUUCAAUCGGGCAAUUCGCUAGUAUCAAUUCCUAACUUUAGUGUCUGGUACUCAUAGAAGCAAAACCAGCACCGGCGUUUCCCAUCAACACUAGAAAUUAGUUUCUCCAAUGAACGAAAUGAAACUGGUAUUCUCAAUACUCUACGCGAGUGCUAGAUACCAACUCGAUCAUAUGAAGUACAUAGGCAUUAAGUGAACGUCUGACUAUCAACUAUCACGAGAAACUAGUCAACCCGAA